AUGCCUCUACAUAACCACACAACCCAGUCAAUCAGAUCUUUGUUCAGAUUUCACAAGUCAUCUCCCUUGCGGAUCACUUUGAGUCAAAAUCACAUUAGAAACAUCAUGUCUGCCACCGCCGCUGCAAAGCGCCUCGAAGGCAAGACGGUGCUCAUUACUGGCGCCUCUAGCGGCAUUGGACGAAGCACCGCGUUCGAAUACGCCCGAACUGCACCUAACAACCUGAAACUCAUUCUCACAGCCCGUCGCAUUGACAGCCUCAAGGAGAUCGCUACCAAGAUUAAUGAGGAGGUUGGCAACGGCGUCAAGAUCCAUCCCGUAAAGCUGGAUGUCAGCAACCCGGAGGAGGUUCGCCAGCUUGUUCCUAACUUGCCUGAGGAGUUCAAGGACAUCAAUAUCUUGGUAAACAAUGCUGGCCUCGUCAGGGGAGUUGCGAAGGCCCCUGAGAUUGCCGAGGAGGACAUCAAUGUCAUGUUUGCUACUAACGUCACUGGUCUUAUCAAUGUGACGCAGGCCAUCUUGCCCAUCUUCAAAUCGCGGCCUGAUGGUGGUGCCGGAGACAUCAUCAACAUUGGCUCCAUUGCCGGGCGUGAACCGUAUCCUGGCGGCUCCAUUUACUGUGCUACUAAAGCUGCUGUGCGUAGCUUCACAGACAGCCUGAGAAAGGAGCUCAUUGCUACGCGCAUUCGUGUCAUUGAGAUUGACCCUGGCCAAGUUGAGACUGAAUUCUCCGUUGUCCGCUUCUAUGGCGACAAGUCCAAGGCCGAUGCCGUAUACGCUGGCUGUGAGCCUCUCACGCCAGAUGAUAUCGCUGAAGUUGUCGUCUUUACGAGCACGCGUCGGGAGAACGUGGUUAUCGCCGACACUCUCAUCUUCCCCAGUCACCAGGGUGCUGCUGGUAUUCUGCAUCGCAAGUCUUGA